UUCCGACCCAGUUUCUGGCCUGCCAGUUUCCGAGCCCCAGCAACGCAGAGUGGUGCAGUCGGGGAGCAAGAAACCUGGAGGUCCAGGAAGACGAGGGAGGACCAGGCAGAGGAGCUGUGUGAUCAGUGUGAGAGGUAAAGAGUCCAGGACACCUCAGGGCUAUGUGACCUCUCUGAGUCCGGUGGCAUGGUUGAAGCAGACGGUGGAGGGGGAGGUGACUGUGCUGGGAUUAGCCUCCACAGUCAACAUACUGACUGCACACAACACACAUGCUUCCCUGAUGGCCACAGCCUGCAAACACCAGGACACCAACAGUUAAUUGCCUUGUGUGUGACACACACACACACACACACACACACAUCAGGGACCCUUCAUCUGCUCACUAUGGCAUCCCUGGAGGAAGAGCUAACCUGCUCAGUGUGCCGAGACAUCUUCAGCAAAGCCCACCCCUUGCCCUGUGGUCAUAGCUUCUGCUCCCCCUGCAUCCGCGAGGCCUGGAGCGACCAGCGUGAGGGCAAAAGUCGCUUUACUUGCCCCCAGUGUCAGGAGGAGCAUGGUGAAGUGCUGUGUGAUAGCUGUCCUCCCGAGGUAGAGGAAGGACAGCCACCGUUGGCUGUCAAAACCUGCCUGAGGUGUGAAGUGUCGUUGUGUGCCGAACACCUCAAACCCCAUCUGGAGAGACCGGCGUUUAGCACUCACCUGCUGGUGGAUCCGCUGGGGGACCUCUCCCAGCGGAGGUGCCCGACACACACAGAGAUCCUGCGCUACUACUGUGCUGAUGAGAGGGUGUACGUGUGUGGUGACUGUCUGCUGGAGGGCGACCACGCUCAGCACAAAGUGAAGGCACUGAGACAGGUGGAAGAGGAUCUGAAGGUCAUUCUCCAGACCCUGCUCAGAAAAGCAGAGGAGAAGUUGAAAGAUGGAGAGCGAAUCCUCAAAGAGCAUGAGAAUAUUGAUUCCACCAUGGCUGACUCUCUGAAACAGGAUGACACCCAGGUGGAGCGGCUGGGCUCAGACCUGCAGUUCCAGGUGAAGAAGCUGGUGUCCGCUCUGAGGGAGAUUACCAAGAGGGAGAGACAGCAGGUCAUAGAGCAUGUGCACGAAGACUGCUCCAAGGUGAGAGAGGACAUGAGUCAGAUGCUGAGCAUCCAGCACUACCUGGCCUCGCUGCUGGCAGAGACAGACCCCUUCCUGCUCAUCUGGGCAUUUCAAUCAGAUGACACAAAGUUACUGGCCGACCUGAACAGCCCACUUUUCAUCCCUGAAACCGUCAGUGUGGACAGGAAACACAUCUUGGAGGACGUAGAGAGCAAGUAUAGGGAGUUCAUCACCGCCACCCUCCGCUGCCUCAGUGAACUAAAGAGGGAGCUCUUAACCAGUCCCUUGACUCUGGACACUAACACAGCCCAUCCUCUGUUGAGCAUCUCUGAUGAUCUUCGCUCUGUGACGCGGGUUAAAAACCGCCUGCCCUGCGCUACUCACCCCGAGCGUUUCGACCACUGGCCGCAGGUCCUAACUGUCCAGACCUUCUCCUCUGGCACUCACUACUGGGAGCUGGAGGCUGUGGGAUUUUGGGAUAUCGGGGUCUGCUAUCGGAGUAUUGGACGAAAGGGGAAAGAAGGCAAGGCCUUUGGGAACAACAAGGUAUCAUGGAGCUUGACACAGCAGCAUGACAGGAAGCUGGCUGCCUGGCACAACCGCAGGAAGACCCGCCUCACGUAUCAAAUGACUGGUAACCGAGUUGCCGUCGCCGUGGACUACGGCGCAGGCACCAUCACCUUCUCCGAGGUGGGACCAUCCUCCAACCUGACCCACCUCCACACUUUCACCACCACGUUCACUAAGCCGGUGUGCUUGGGCUUCGGACUGUACAAAGCUGAGCUCAACAGCCGCAUCUCUUUCAUCAAGGUCUGAGGCGGAGAUAAGGGAAAGGAGGAGAAAAUAAUGCUGACAGGCUCUGAGCUGGUUUAACUUAGACAAAGCCAUGCCAAGACAAAGUGGUGUUGAUUUAUUUCUGCACAACGCUCUGAUGGAACUUUUGUCGCGAGCCUCUCUGAUGUUUCUCUCCCCUCUGAUCUCUGAGCUCUUCCUCAACAAAGAGACAAAACCACGUCUCCUAAAACUGUGAUCAGGUGAUAUUGACGUGGAAAUUAUUUCCAGCAGAGAAAAGUGAGAAUGGCGCUUUGGAUGAGUGAAUUUGAGUGGAUCCUGACAGGACAGCAAAUUAAGAUUCUCCUUUGAAAAAGGACAGAAAUAGGCUUGUUGUGCUUUUUAUUCCAAAAAUGAUUACAAAUGCAGAUGACUGGUGAUUUAAAGAUAUUAUAGCUUUGUAAAAGAAGGUUGUAAAUGUAACUUUUGAUGCCAGAAAUGAUUUUGUCAGAUGUUUUUGAAACUGGACACUAACUCAUCCCAUCCUUUCCUAAGCGUCUCUACCUCAGUGUGACUGAAAUUCUGUGAAUACCAAAUGAUGUCUUUGUUUUUAGGAAUUAACUGUAUCUUCAUCAGGUUGGUUUAUGUGUUUGUACGCUCAAAAAAAAUCUAUCUUCACAGACUGCUAAUCCAGCCUGUGUCUUUUAGAAGAAGCAACCUCACUACAUAAAGCAUUGGAGGUGUGUAAAUCUUUUAGGUGCACAAACAACAAAAAGGAGAAUUUGAUCCCUUUUUAACUCAGCUUAAAAGACACACAAGAAGGAACCACUGAUUUGAUUGGAUAUUAAAAAAAAAAAAUAAGAAAAACAACUGCCACUCACUAGCUAGUUUUGCUCUUUGAAGCAGCUCAGAUGCCCAAUUAGCUUCCCAUUUUCUUUAUUUCACUGUAAAGGUGAGUGGGCGGAUGUAACAUAGAGGGUGAGAAAGAAACAGACGGAAAAGGGGGUGGCUGAGGGAGAGAGAUAGAGAGAGAGAAAGGGAGAGAUCAGAGCACACUCCGGCUUGGUUACGAUCAGACUGCCUGCCGUGCUCUGAGAUAAUGUGAUAGAGGAAGAGGAGAAGAGGGAUUUUUGUCCAUAUUACAGUGCUCCGGUUGGGAGGAAACAACUCUUUUCACCUGCUAUGGAAUACAGGAUUGUUCAAACGGAAACAGGUGAUCAUCUAUUUUCUAUUUACUUGAAACACUAGGAUUGUACUACACAGCAAAAAUAGUUGAGUCAUGUUAGAAUUUUUGUUUUAAGGUGAAUUAUUGAUCAUUUUGCAAUAAUCUGAAUCCUUCUCCAACCAAUAAACAGCUGGUUUUGUGUGUAAUGAAAUAAGUUUCAUUAAAGCUCAGAAAGAGAUGUUUUUA